CUUGUCGCAAACCCACCAAUCAGCGUUCAGGCUGGAACAUCAUGUGACGAGAAAGGGCCGCGACUUUGGAUGUCAGGAAAUCUGUUCGGGAGUGGAGAGAGAGAAAAAACCGACAACGAAGAUCAAGGUGUAGAAGGUCGCCGCCAUGUCGGGAUCGAGGGACCCAAAUUUACUCGCGCAAACCAUUGGUUCUAACAUCCAGAACAUAACACAGCAGACAUCUGAAAUCCAGAGAAUAGUGACGCAACUCGGAACAGAUAGAGACACGCCGGAUCUCCGACAGCGACUGCAGCAGAAACAGCAGUAUGCGAACCAGCUGGCUAAAGAAACGGAUAAAUGCCUGAAGGAGUUCAGCUCAUUACCCGUAACUCAAGAUCAGCGUCAGCGUAAGAUUCAGCGAGAGCGGCUCGUCAAUGAUUUCUCCAACGCGCUGGCACUUGUACAGAAAACCCAGAGACAAGCUGCACAGAAAGAGAAAGAGUUUGUGGCCAGAGUUCGAGCGAGUUCAAGAGUUUCGAGUGGUUUUGCUGAUGAGCCGUUUGGAGGAAAUGCUUCACCGUUUGAUAGUGAGACCCAGGCUCAGACACAAAGCUAUGAAGAUGGAAUCACUGAGGAGGAUUUGCAUCUCAUUCAGGAGCGAGAAACGGCCAUCAGACAGCUGGAGUCGGACAUCACAGACAUCAACGAGAUCUUCAAAGAUCUGGCCGUCAUGGUGCACGAACAGGGAGAUAUGAUCGACAGCAUAGAGGCCAAUGUAGAAAGUGCUGAAGUGAACGUACAGUCUGCAACACAGCAGCUCGCCAGUGCCGCCAAUUACCAGCAAAAGUCUCGUAAGAAGAUGUGCAUCCUGAUUGUAGUCCUGGCUGUGGUGAUUGUGGUCGUGUCCCUCAUCAUCUGGGGAUCAGUUAAAGGAUAAAACUUCUAAAUUCACCUGAAACAUCACAGGUGAACACUGAAAAAAACCAACAACAUUUCUUUCCUGGUCAUUUUUUUGUCCUGUUAUUCCUGUGAUUUAAGGUUGAUGUGAGUAAAAAAAACAUCUUCGCAAGCAUGAAAAACUAGCUUAUGAUGUCACUGUGACAUCAUGCUAUAUAAAUAUACAUAAAAAUGACAUUUUCUAAACAAUGUUGAUGUUUGAGUCUCCAGAUCUUGACAAUUUUAACUUAUUCACUAUAAAUAAUUAAUCAUGAAUAAAUCCCAUUCCUAUUCCUCUGGAAUGCCAAGUAUUUUUUAAAAAUAACACCUGAUUACACCUGACCCAUCUGAUGCUCUGCUACAUGAUGAUAUCGAUAAUGACGAACUAACAUGCAGUGAAAGCUAGCAGGUAGCACUGUUAACACUAUGUCAUGCUGCGUGGUGGAUAGCUUUAACAGGUCGGAAAAAUACAAUCAGUAUAUUUAAUCAUUUCAAGGCUCUACAUUGUGGUAGUGUUACUAAAAAAAUAACAAACGUUAGAAUUUUUCCACAUUCAUCAUAUUGUGCUAGCUUUUCUGCUUUGAUAUUAACUUCAGAGGUUUCUUGUCAUAGUAUCAUGAGAGACUAUAUAUAUAUAUAUAUAUAUAUAUAUAUAUAUAUAUAUAUGAUUAACACUACCUAAACGAGUAGUUUAACUUCUUAUAAUUUUUAUUAUAUAGCAGAACUUCCAAUGACUAGCAUUUGCUAGUAGAUUCACGCUAGGAUACUUAGCUUAAGCUGCUUUGUGCCAAUUGCUGACUGCUAAAAUUGAUUCUGCUGUCCUUACUUUAAUUGAAAUUUACCUUUUCGUGCUAAUUUCACCAAUUAGUAAUGAAAACUAGCUCUGUUCAUGAGGUGAUGGAUUCUUGGGUUAACCAUUAAUUGAAGUGAACACAAUGGGAACCUUUAUAUAAUGUGUGUGUGUGUGUGUAUA